CGAACGAACCAAUCCUCAAAUCUUUGAAUAUUCGGCAUAAUCCCAAAUAGGCGUGUCAACAACUUACCUUUUUGGUACAACCCGUGAGGCUUGAGGUGCUUGGUAAGGAAGCAUGACAUAUUUAUACUGCGCGCCCAGGCUCUUCAAGAAGCACAGCAUACUGUGUUACUGAUCAUUGUCAGAUGAACUCAUCUAGCCAGUGAGAUCUUUCCAUCAGCCACUUUUUUACCACUUAAAUCAAGAUGGGAUAUACGACGAUGUGGACACCGGCAGCACUCCUGCCGCUGCUACUGAAGCUUGCCUUCGUCUUGGUAGCGACCGGACUUAUGAGAGUCGGCUGGAAGGCCUACACCAUCAGGAGAAAGUUCAAAGAAGUAAAGGCAUUGGGGAUUCCAAUGCUUCCUCACUCGUGGAUCAUGGGUCAUCUUCCCGUCAUGUUUGAGUUCCGCAAAGAGUAUCCAGGAGACAUCAACAUUGGAAACUUCCACCCAUGGAUCAUCAACAACUAUCAAAGAUAUUUCCCAGAAAUGGACCAUUGCCCUCCAGUCAUUUAUCUGGAUCUAUGGCCGGUUCUAAAGGCACCCAUUGUGGCUGCGUAUAAGAAUACCGUCGCAGCGCAGUUCACACAGACGAAGAAUCUGGACAAGCAUCAAAUCUCACUUGACUUCAUGAACCCGUUGACUAAGGGCUUGGAUAUUGCGACCCUUCAGGGUGAUGAAUGGAAGAAGUGGCGAGGCUGGUUCAAUCCCGGCUUCAGCUCGAGAAAUGUCUCAUCCAUGGUUCCUGAUCUAAUUGAGGAGAUCAAGGCCUUUGCGGAUAACUUGCAACGAGAAAUCGGCCCUAAUGGAUCGUGGGGUCGCAUGUUCCAGCUUCGCAACAUGACGACGGCUCUGACUUUUGACAUUAUUGUCCGUGCGGUCUUGGACGAGCGCCUCCACGAGCAGACGAAUGCAACUGCUGGCCCUCUCAGAGUGGCACUUGCAGACCAGCUGAGGCUUAUGGGCAUCAGACAAGCUUUCAGUUUCGGCUACUUGUUCCCUUGGCAGAACAAGGCCGUGGAUCGUAACAAUAGCAUUGUCCAACACCAACUCCAACCCAACAUUGUCCGAUCCCUAGAAACCAGUCUCAAGCCAUCAAAGAAGAAGACAGUGCUCAACCUUGCUCUGAUGCAUCUAGCUGAAGAGGCAGGCGGGCGCCCAAUUGACCCGACUACUGACCCGCUCAUGAUGGACACCAUUUUGGGCAAUCUAAAGACCUUCCUCGUUGCAGGUCACGAGACAACCGCUAGUGCGCUUUGCUUCAUGUUCAAGGUUCUGCAAGACAACCCAGACUGCAUGGCCAAAGUCCGCGCCGAACAUGACGAGGUACUGGGUCUGGAUCCCGACCAAGCUGCAGAUAUCUUGAGUAAGUCGCCUCAGCUCCUUGGCUCCCUUCGCUAUACACACGCCGUGAUCAAGGAGACUCUCCGUCUGUAUCAACUUGCCUCCACCAUGCGAGGAGGAGAGCCGGGGUUCUACCUCAGUGAUGCUACUACCGGUCUGCAGUACCCUACCGAAGGAUUCCUUGUGUGGGAUGGCGGCCCGGGCAUGCAGCAUGACCCGUCCCUGUGGCCGCACGUCGACAAGUUCAUCCCGGACCGCUGGCUUGUUCCUGCUGAAGACCCGCUCCAUCCUGUCAAAGACGCUUGGCGGGCGUUUGCGAGAGGUCCUCGGGAUUGCAUCGGUCAAGAGAUUGCCCUGGUUGAGAUCAAGCUGGUUGCAGCCUUGAUUAUGAGGAAGUAUGACAUCGAGGAGGCCUGGGAUGAGUGGGAUGCUCUUCAAGGACCCAAAGCUAAGAAGGACAUGGUCAGGGGACAGAGACUGUAUGUGGCUGGAGAUGGAAUCGGGCAUCCCAAAGAAGGGAUGCCUGUUCGCGUGCGACUCCGACAGAGGUGAAGGAUUGGGUAGAGGUCUGUCUCUGAGAGGUCACAUCCCUUGAAGUUUUCGUAAUGAAAUGGGAUGCUCAUUGUUUAUACGUUCAAGGCCCGAAAUGAUGGUAUUUUCGCAAGGCACCUUCCUCAAGUAUGGCCCAAGUCUACCCACACUCACCUAUGUCUUGAACAAUACCUUCACCCUCGCCACCCCAC